UUUCUGUUCUGCCUCCUGUCGUGAUCUCACAGGAGAUAGAGCAAUCAAAGCAAAACCCUUUUAGCUUCAAAACCCAAAACUUUGAUUUUUGGUCUCUGUUAUAAUACCUUUCUAUGUAAAUAACCUUGCCUUUCAUGGCACUCCAGGGAUCUAGUUUUUGCUACAAUGUGAAUGUUAAUUGCAUGCCAUGUUCAAGCACUAACAGUUUCAGGAGUCUUCAUUGCUUUUAUCCAUCACCUCCAAAGCGAUGUCAUGUGGUUUUAGCUAGGACUUCAACAGGAAACGGAACAGAGUUUUUUGCGGGUCAAUGUCUGUCCAAGUUGCCUAGUGGAAGACCUCCACCUUUUAGAGAAAAUUCAUGUAUGUUAUCGUUGAUCCCUUGUCAAUCAAAAGGUGAUGACCUCGAGGGAACCCUAAGUGGUGAAAGCAUCAUAAUGGAUGAACAAACCUUACAAAGGGACCUGCAGAAUGCCAUUGAGGAAGAAAACUAUGCCCAAGCAGCAAGAAUCAGGGAUGACCUUCGAGUCCUCCAUGAGGAUAGCAAGGCUUCAGUACUGGCAGCAAAUUCUCGGUUUUACGAUGCUUUCAGGAGAGGGGAUCUAGCCGCCAUGCAGAACCUUUGGGCCAAAGGAGAUGAUGUGUGUUGUGUGCACCCAGGGGCAAACGGAAUAUCAGGUUACGAUUACGUGAUGGGAAGUUGGGAAGUCGUAUGGAUGAACUACGAAUUUCCACUAGAGAUAGAGCUGAAAAACGUUCAAGUUCAUGUUAAAGGGGAUGUUGGAUAUGUCACAUGCAUGGAAUUUGUCAAGACGAAAGGUAGCAGUUGGGGAGGACAGUUUGUAACAAACGUGUUCGAGAAGAUUAAUGGUCAAUGGUGUAUAUGCAUUCACCAUGCUUCUCUGGUCGAUUUGUGAAACCAUCUGCGCUUCUUCAUCGUGCACAUUGUUCAGUUAAUGUAUUCAGCUUGCUUUAUGAUAAUAACAACGUUGUCUCCCUGCUCCAAAAAGGAUAUGCAUUCUCGAACAUGGAUGAUCUACGUGGGUGUUUCAAGCCAAUGCUUUUUCUUCAUCUUUUAUGUAAAUUUGUUGAAGUAACAUUCCAUACAUUAUGCUAUCAAAAGAAACUUUAUAUGAAACGAAUAUUACCCAAACAGAAAGGGAUAAAUGGAAAUGGUUC